AUAAGAACAACAACAACCAAUUUUCAAUUUUCAAUUUUAUUCCCUUUAUUUUUUCCCAUUGUAACCGAUAGUAAGAUAGGAAAGAUGUGUUUAUAAUUGUUUUUAACCCCCCAAAGUUUGAAAGUAAAUUGAUUAAAGAGUAUAAAUAUUAAGUAUUUAUUAUUUACUUCUACCCUCCAAAGUUGUUGUUAAAGUUAUUUCCAAGAUGAUGCUAAAAUGAGUUAAAUUAUCCCAUUGUAUGUCUUUUAAAGAUUAUUAAUUGUUAGAGUUAUUUUAUUAUCCCCAAAAUUAUCCUAAGUUUUUUACACAAAAAAAUGUCCAAGAUGUUCCUGCCAGUUAUUUUGAAUGAUACUUUUAUUGGUUCUAAUCCAGUAGAAGGCUCAAACGAAAAGGAAAUGAACAAAGUUCCUAAGUUAGCCACUGACGAAUCUGCUCCCGGUCUUAGUGCCCCUGACAGUUCGUUAGCAUUCCAUUCAGAAGUAUUGGACUCCGUAUUUCUGAAUGAUGAAGCCGUUGAUCACACUCCUAUGUUUGACGAGCUUGAUUUUAUGUUAGAAUCUUCUAACAAAGAGGAUUGGGUUUCCUUGUUUGAUGCCAACAAUGAAAUUGAUAACUCCUUUAACUUCACCAAGGUUGUGAGUGAUGAGGAUUUGUCAAUUCCAUUUGAAAAAGAAGUUUCGGCUUCGCCAGACAAGGAAUUUGUUGACCUUGGUAGAUAUGAUCGCAAGAGAGCUUUCAGCCAGAUGUUAACCCCAUCCACUUCUUCUACGUUGUCUACUCCAAACUUAGAUUUGCCCAGAAAUGAGAAGCUUGAUCACUUAGGUGUUGUUAAGUACAGUAAGAAGAGCAGGACUCAGCCAUUAGGACCAGUCAAGGUUGGUUCUAAUGAUCCUGUUUUGAUGAAGCGUGCUAAGAAUACUGAAGCGGCGAGACGGUCUCGGGCGAGAAAGAUGGAACGUAUGUCACAGUUAGAAGAGAAAGUUGAAGGUUUGAUUGAUGAAAAUUCCAAUCUUAGCUCUGAGGUCUUGAGAUUGAAAGAGUUAUUGGAUUUGCACGACAUCAAAUACUAAACAACAAAUUCAUAAAAAAAAAUCAUGUUUUUUAAAUUGAAUAUAUGUCAAAAAC